GUUUCUCAGGCUGCAGCAGACUUGAAGCAAUUCUGCCUGCAGAAUGCACAACACGACCCCCUACUGACAGGAGUAUCAUCGAGUACAAAUCCAUUCAGACCCCAGAAAGUUUGUUCAUUUUUGUAAUUACGUGAACUACUUCGGUAUGUUUCAGUGAUCUUUUAGCAUCUUUUCCUAGCUGCUGAUGUGUGUAUGCAUAGAGUGCCUCAAGAAGUGGCCUGGUUCGAAGUCUGUACAAAAGCUUAGCUUUAACGUGCCAAAUCUAACUGUAGAAUUGCUACUGUCGUCAAACCUCUUACCAUCUACCUCUCCCAAGGAACUGUAUCCUAGUUACAAUACUUCUGUUUCAUAAGGGAAUCGGUUUUAUAUGCCAAGCAAAAAAUAAAAGUGUCUUGACUUA